AGCUCAUUGAGAGGUUAGUUUAUUGACUGAAUUAUUGAUUUUAAUGAAUUGACUUUUCUUACACAAAAUACCUUGCGUUUGUAAACCCUGUCGUAUUACACCAUUGAGUUAACUGCUUAUAUGAAUCCGGUGUUCGUCUUGCUGUGCUAAUGUGGUGUAGCAGCUUGGACCGAUGCAUAAUGUGGCCGCAGUCUGGACAACGACAAGUACAUCUAUCAUGGUUACCCGCUUACGCUAAACAAACCCCUCCACCACAUGCUGUUGAAGCUGAAGUUAAUAUCUAUGUUAUUCGUGGUAGAGUUAAUAAUGAUGUGAUACCUGGAAAAUGGCCCAUAAAUCUUGGUAAAGGUUAUGUAUCAUAUGAUGGAAAAGAAUUUGAAUUGGAUAGCUUCGAAGUGUUGUGCAAUACAAGUUUAAAGCCAACAGAACACUUAUAUGGAUGGGUUUCACAUACUGGAGGCAACGUGCCAAACAACGCAUUACAUGCUGGUGAAACCCAAUCAUCCGAACCUUUAUACAUAGCUCGUAGAUUAGUGAAUAAUGAGAUGUGUGUUGGUAAAGUCCAUCCAUCACAUGGUUGCGCAUAUUUUCCAUGGGGUGGUGAGGAACAUUCGGAGAAGAGUUAUGAAGUACUGUGUUAUCUAGAUUGAUGAUAUGAACAUAUGAAAGGAAUUAUUAUAUUUCUAUAAUUUGACGAACGUCAGAACGUGUAUGAAAAGACAAAAAUAGAUUAUACCAGUUACCUCGAAUUAUGAACUCAUUGAUUCUAUAUUUGAUAUGUCAUAUAAUCAUAAUUCAGAUAUAUUAUUUUUCUUUUUACUUGUUACCGUUCUGAACAGUUUCAGAAUACCUUCAUGGGUGAUAUCCUUUUCAAAUCAUUCUCUC